GCAGUCACGUGUGAUUGUUUCUGCAGGAAAUUGAUUCAGUCGGUCCUGAAACUGGGAAGAAACAGUCUCAGCGACAUUUUCAAAGGACCAAGAAGUUGUCCAGUCUGUCGCGGCCGACGUUACGCGUUAGAAUGGCAUCUAUGUUGCCUGAGAAGUAAUGCUAAUUGUACCUAAUAUAUUGACAGAAUGUCGGAGACUAGCAAACUAAUAAAAACGUACAUAGCUACUAGCUAGUUAGCUGGCGAACUAGCACGCUUAUCGAAUAAGCCUGCGUUUGUUAUCUAAAGCAAGGGGACGUUCUGUUGGGUCAGUUAAAACGUUACUGUCAGUUGGGCUGUAGCAAAGUCAGAUUUACAUAGCAUUGCUGGAUGCAAACAGUAUUCACAUGUUUGGUCAUUUAUGGUCGAAAUGGAGCUAUUUCAAGCAAAGGACCAUUAUAUUCUGCAAAGUGGCGACAGGGCACUGUGGUGCAGCAGGAAGGAUGGUACUCUGAGCGUGCGACAUGCUACUGACCUGCUGCUGGCAUGGAACCCUGUUUGCCUGGGCCUAGUGGAGGGCCUCAUUGGGAAGAUACAGCUUCAUGCUGAUCUUCCUCUGUGCCUCGUCUUGAUUCGGCAGAAAGCGCUGGUUGGAGAGUUGCCAGGAAACCACAAAGUGUACAAGAUCACCAAAAUAGCUGUGGUGGAGCUGUCGGAGGAUGAACCCCAGGAGUUGGAGCUGGAGCCUUGCAAGAAGCACCACUUUGGGAUCAACAAACAAGAGAAAAUCACACAGUCCCCAGAUGAGUCCAAGUUCCUGCUGAAGACGCUGAAUCAGAUCAAGUCCAAUGUGGCUGUGCCCAACAAGAAAAAGUCCGACCCCACCCAGUAUACCCCUGAUCCACAGGUCAAAGAGAACAAGGAGAAGGAGCGGCUGGAGAGGCGGCUGCUGGAUGAACUCUACAAGAUGUUCAUGGACUCCGAUUCCUUUUACUACAGCCUGACCUAUGACCUCACCAACACCGUUCAGCGUCAGGGAGCCGCGGUCAAGUCCGAGCUGCCCAUCUGGAAACGGGUGGAUGACCGGUUCUUCUGGAACAAGCACAUGAUUCAGGAGCUUCUGGACCUCGAGGUGCCUGAGGUGGACUUCUGGCUGGUCCCCGUCAUCCAGGGAUUUGUGCAGGUGGAAGAGCUGGUGGUGAACUACAACGAUAGCUCCGAUGAGGAGAGGAGCAGCCCAGACACGCCCCUCCAGGAGCUCAGCUGCGUGGACGACAUUCACCCCCGUUUCACCGUGGCCCUCAUCUCCCGACGCAGCCGCCAUCGUGCUGGGAUGCGCUAUAAGCGGAGAGGUGUGGACACAGAUGGCCAUGUUGCCAAUUAUGUGGAGACGGAGCAGCUGAUCCACGUCCAUAGUCACACACUGUCCUUCGUGCAGACCCGGGGGUCCGUCCCCAUAUUCUGGAGUCAGUCAGGGUACCGCUACAACCCACGGCCUCGCCUGGAGAAAGAUGAAAAGGAAACCAUUCCGUACUUUGGUGCUCACUUUGAACAGCAGCUCAGCAUCUACAAGAAGCAGGUCAUCCUCAACUUAGUGGACCAGAGUGGGAGGGAGAAAAUGAUUGGUGACACAUACCUCAAACAAGUGCUGCUGUACAACAACCCCAAUCUGACCUACGUUUCCUUUGACUUCCAUGAGCACUGCCGAGGGAUGAAGUUUGAGAACGUACAGACCCUAACAGAUGCCAUUUGGGAUCUCAUCACAGACAUGAAGUGGGCCUGGGUGGACCAAGCAGGAGUCAUCUGCCAACAGGAGGGCAUCUUCAGAGUGAACUGCAUGGAUUGUCUGGACAGGACUAAUCUUGUACAGGCUGCUAUUGGUCGGAUGGUCAUGGAACAGCAGCUGAAGAAGCUAGGCGUGAUGCCUCCUGAACAGCCGCUGCCUCCCAAGUGCUACCGCAUCUAUCAGGUCAUGUGGGCCAACAAUGGGGACAUCAUCAGCCGACAGUACGCCGGCACCGCUGCCCUCAAGGGAGAUUUUACUCGCACUGGAGAGAGGAAACUGGCUGGAGUGAUGAAGGAUGGUGUGAACUCAGCAAACCGCUACUACCUGAACCGCUUCAGAGAUGCGUACAGGCAAGCUGUCAUUGACCUCAUGAUGGGCCUGCCUGUGACGGAGGACCUGUACUCCAUCUUCAGCAAAGAGAAGGAGCACGAGGAGAAGGAGAAGGAGAGCCAGAGAGGUGCACAGGAGCAGGUGAGCAUGCUGGUGCAGACCUACAUGCAGCUGCUCCUGCUUGACGACGAGAAGUUCCACGGCGGCUGGGCCCUCAUCAACUGUGACCCCAGCCUCAUUGAUGCCACCCACAAAGACGUCGACGUCCUGCUGCUCCUGUCCAACAGCGCAUAUUAUGUUGCUUACUAUGAUGAUGAGGCGGAUAAAGUGAACCAGUACCAGCGCCUGAGUCUGGAGGGCUUGGAGAAGAUUGAAAUAGGACCAGAGCCCACUCUGUUUGGAAAGCCAAAGUACUGUUGCAUGCGGCUGCACUACAAGAAUGAAGAGACCAGUGGCUACUUCCACACGCUAAGGGCGGUGGCGAGGAACCCCGAGGACGACGGCAAAGAUACUCUGCAGUGCAUAGCCGAGAUGCUUCGAAUAGCCAAACAGGCCAUGGGACAUGACCUACCCAUAAUUGAGAAGAAGCUGGAGAGGAGACAGAGCAAACCCCAUGAAGAUAUAAUGGGCAUACAAGGCAAAGCUGCAGACCAGGUCCUGGGCUCUGGUCUAGCUCAGGGCAAAAGCUUCCUCCUCAACAAAUUCUCAUCUCUCAACCAGAAGGUCAAGCAAUCAAACGUCAACAUUGGCAACUUCAAGCAUCUUGGUCGGCUUGGCACAUUCUCCAAGCCGGAGGUGAAGGUGAAUUUCCUGAAACCCAACAUGAGGGUCAACCUCUGGAAGUCGGACAGCAGCCUUGAGACCACGGACAGCAACCCUGGCUCGGUGGCCAUAAAGGACCUGUGCGACAACCACUCUGACCUGGAGAUCUCAUCCGACUCGGACUCCUACAACUCGGACGAGCAGCCUCGCGCCGGCUCGCUGGAGAACGUGGACUACGUGCUGCCCAGCUGUGGCAUAGUGGCGUCGGCCCCGCGCCUCAGCAGCCGCUCGCAGUCCAUCAGCAGCGUGGAGAUCGCCGUGCCCUCCGUCGUCCACGGCGCCAACUCUGAGUACAGCCAGGGCGACGGCCCGUCACCCGAGGCCGCCGAGGAGGCCAUCCUGAUCGACUUCGGCACCCCCAUUGACGUCUACUGCCACCAGUUUGCCCAGGACGCUCAGACCAAACCUGUGGAAGGGGGCAGGGUCGAGCAGCCGACACUCCCCAAGAACCUCAGUGCUAAGGUCCCCCCAUCUUCACUGGAGCCCCAGCAAGCGUCUCAGCCUCAGCAGCUGCAGGAAAAAGACGAGCAGCAACUCUCCCGACCGUCCCAGCUGAAUGUGCAGCCCACAGCCCCCACUGCUAACCUCCUCACCGUCCAGGCCCCUGGCUCUGCCGUCUCGGGCGGCUCCCAAAGGAGCUUGGGCUCCCAGGUGGAGGGCAGCAUGGGCCCCUCCCCGGCGGACAGCAACGGCAGCCGGGUGGUCUCCCCCUUCGCCAAGAUCAAGAGCUCCAUGGUGCAGGUGGCCAGCCUGACGCAAGCUGGACUCACCCAAGGCAUCAACUUCGCCGUGGCCAAGGUUCAGAAAAGUCCUGAACCAGAAGCUGUAAACGAGGCCCAGGAGAGCGAACUGAAAGCAAUGUUCACACAGUGCCAGACCAGGAUCAUCCAGAUCUAGCACCUUCUGUUUGGCUUCUUUGCCAACUCUUUUCCUUUCUGAGUCCUUUUUUUUUUUUUUUUUUUUUAUCGUGGUAGAACGUGACUUCCAGUACAGUAGCAGUAGCAUAAGCUUGCACAAUGGGGCCCACUGUCAUCAGCUGAAAUCCCUGCUCUUAAACCACCCUCUAUUUAACCUACCAGAUGUUUACAGCCAGUGUUGUGUAGUGUGUAGUAGAUCUAAUCUAAACUUGACUGUGCCCUUAACCUGACUGACGUCUCAUGCAUCCAUACUCCAUGUGUCUUGCAUGUCAGAAGGUUAGUCUGUGGUAGCUAGAUCAAGGCAGGCCAGCUCCGUUGCUGCAUGUCAAGAAACUACCCAUAUAAUUAGUCACUUGUGAUCCCAACCCAGCAGUACACUUGUUGGUGUACAGUACAGUGGUCUUUUCCAUGUGAGCAUAACCCCUGUAGCUGCUUCCUAGACACAGGUAGAAAUGACUGACCAAACUUCUUCAAAAUGGGCAGCUCAGUAUAAGACCGCACAUUAGUGGGAACAUUUUAAAUGUUAAAUAUCAUUAACGUUGUGUUUUUAUCAUAAGAAAUGCACCAAAGUAGGAGCUGAAUAAUCCAAGAGCCGUUCAAUAUGUACAGUAAGUAUUGUAUGUAAUUACUAUGUACUGUAUGUCAGUUUGCGCUAAUCGAAACCCUCAGACAUAUAUUUAUAGACAGUAAGGUUUUAUUGACACUCUUCAGUGAUGGUGUUGGUGGGAGCGUGACCUCUACACUCCUCACUCGACUCAUGCUCGGACACAAGAGUCGUCGCUGUGCUCACUCAUGCUUGGACUCGACUCGAAUGGGAUUUUAGAAUAGGUCAGAACUCUCAAGGCAGAGCUGGAGGAAUAGUUGUGAAACGCAUUAAAGGGUCGGAACAAAAUUGACUAAUUGAAUUGGCCUAUGAUAUAAACAUAUUCAUAAUUAUUAUGAAUGCUUUUAAAAGAUCCGUCGUAAAUGUCGUUGUUCGUCCACGUGAGGGGGAAGAUCUUAUGCAGGGAGCCCCAGCCAAAUGUUUGAUCACUGUUAAAUGCUUUUUGCACUCUUGCAUCUGAAGAGUAGGCCUUAACGGAAACAUGUCAACUAUUUAUUGCAAACCGAACAUAAGUUCAAUGUUUUUCUGUUGUUUUGCGUUCUCAUUCAGGUGAUCAUGAUUGUGGGGUGUUGGUGUUACAGGUUGUAGCCAUAGGAAAUUCAGGUAUCUGCCACGGUUCUGAAAUAUGAUCUAAAUGCAUUGACAAGAUUCUGUAGGGCGUCGUUUCAGCAUUCCUUUUUUUGGUGCUUUGUAUCAUUUCCAACAACUUUGUUGUAUUUGAUAUUUUUACAAAGUUAAUCAUGUGUAUUUCCGAAAACGAAAUAAUUUAUGUAACGUAAAUGUCAUUAUUUGCCCUUAAUAUGACAUUUGAAAAUACGACAACAUACCAUUCUUGUUUAGUUGAGAGCAAAUGAUCGAUGUAGUUGUGUUGUUCUUCACUGGCACCCCACUCUAAUCCAGAAGUUCCCUUCUGUGAAGUGUGUCUGCCGACCGGCAUUAUGGUUCAUUUGGUUCGAGAAAUGAAAGUAUAGUGUGACUUCUGAAAUGUCAGAUAGAUAUUUUAUUAGUAGCACGAGAAAGAAAAACCUCACACCGCCUCUUUGCACAUCCUGUGAAACACAUAUCUAAAUUUAGUGCGACCACAAUGUGACGCGUUAAGGAGAAUACAGAGUGGUCAGUGCUGAGCAGGAUUAGUAGGAAAUGAUUGUUGAAAAGAUCUUUUUUGUUGGAACACCAUUUAUUUAAAUUAAUAAUUUGAUUUCAAAUGUCCAAAAAAAAAAGAAAUCAAUUCGUUCUUUUGUUGGUGCAAUUAGUUGGUUUUUGGCCCAGGUGAAAUCCGAUCAGGUCACAGUGUGUUUGCACUGACCUCGUAUGACCAAAUAUGUGUGUAUUCAGAUCAAAUAUAGUCUGUUUUCCCUUAACAGUUUUGCCCAAACAUAACUUUCCCCAGCUUUGCUGUAUAAACUGCGCCUUAAAAUGCAAAGAGCUGAUGGAAUGCUGUGGAAUUCUUUACAUUUUUCCUUCACUCCCAAAUUUGAAUCUUAACUCUUCACAACUAAUCAAAAAAACUGAUGGAAGUUGGUAUUGCCUUGCCAUAUCCUUCAUGCAAAGUAUCAGUAUAUGUCUCCAGACAGGUCCAGCUGUUGGCUGUCUCUAGAAACUCAUUACCACCAUCUAUCUGAGGUCGGUGUAUUCUUAUCUGUUACUGUGAGACUGCUUCCCCACUCCAUGUAUUUUGAAUUAGAGUUGUGCAAAGAUGGCUCUGUUGCAUCUAAAUGAUGCAUUGUCUAGUUUUUUUUAGUUUGGCUACAAAGCUAUGGCAAGAUUGUGGUGGGCUGAAAACAUGUUGGGUUUGUUAUAUUCUAAGAAGUGCAUGCACUGGACUCUGUUCUCAGUGAAAAGAUCCAAAAAGGUUGUUUUGCUAUUAGAGGGGAUUGAAAGGAGGAGAUUGAAAAAAAGACGUUUUAAUCAAUAAGCUUUCCCUUCCUUUUUAAAUUUGGGGUUGUAAAGUUUUGAGAGGGUAUAUUUUUUUUGUCGUUUUUUUUCCACAUCGAGUUUCGCUAUGCAUAAGGGUUUUCCUUAAGUAUGCACAAUCUUCCCCAGUUUUUGUCUCCUGACUUUUGUUUGUGCUUUUCGCUCUUACUGUCAGUCUAACACAAAGUGCUUAUGAAACUUGUUUACUUUUGCCAUUCAUGCAUUUACUUCACUGAGCAGACAUUUCCCCUCUCAAUCUCUCCUCUCCUCCCAGUGAGUGACCUGAUCAGAAAUACCAGUUUUAAGCACCUGGCUUCCUGUGUUCGCAUGUGAUUGUUGCCGUGUUCACUCACAUUCUAGCCUCUUCCUGUUGUCUGUGCAGUGGCUCACUAACGGGGGUUUGUCCAGUGUUGUCAUUCGUUUUACUUUGUUGUAUUGCAUAGUGAAAUAUCAUAUUUAUUCUUAUUUCAUUCUUAGGCCUUUCCUCAAUUGUUUCCUAAAAAAACUGAAUAUUAAUAACUGUGUAAACUGCUGUAUUUUAAAAUGUUAUGGGGCAUAUAUGGGAGGAUUUUUAAGUAAAUAAUUUAAAAACUC